CGAAGAGCAUUAUUACAAACUAAAUCGAUUUGUCCUAACGCUUUGCGGAUUAUGGCCCUAUCAAAGCAAAUGGAGCGCUUGUUUAGGGAGGGCUAUUGUCACUAUUGUAUUGCUGUCAUCUAUAAUUUUUCAGCUAUCGAGCAUUUUUACGUCUAAUAUCACCGCGGACUUCAUGGUCGAUGUGAUACCAGCACUUUUACCUACAAUAGGUAGCCUGAGCCACGUGUACGCCCGUGUCAGACAUGUAGACAAACUUAGGGAUCUACUAAAACGUAUACGGAACGAUUGGAAAUUACGAAAAACACGUUACGAGCUCAGCCUCAUGCACGAGCAUGCCGAGGCUUCGAGAUUAUUUUCAUUAUUCUAUUUCAUUCUGCAGUAUAUAAUCGCGAUAGGGUACAACACAUGGCUGUUCCUGCCGGAUAUUCUCGACGCUAUAUCACCCAUGAAUGAGUCCCGUCCGCGAAUACAGCCUUUUAAAGCUGAGUUCUUUAUCGAUGAGGAACGAUACUCUUCCCUCACUCGAUCCCACACAUGCAUGGUGAUAUUUAUAGUACCAAUGAUCUUACUUGCCAAUUCCACUCUGUUUAUGCUUCUUUCGCAACAUGCUUGCGGAAUGUGCGAGAUGCUGGGAUUCAUUGGUAUGAUUGAAAUUUAUCACACAGUACCGUUUUUAUUGGACGUCCUAGGAUUCGUGCUUUCGGUGAGCCUUGCGUUAGCGCAGAUGCUAACCAUUGCCGGCGAUAUUGAACGAGCCUUCAGAUCUACCUCUGUCUCUGUUGUAUCAUUGAUGUAUCUAUUCAUAUUUAAUUACAUGGGACAAAGAAUCACGGAUGCGAGCUCAAGCAUAUGCGAGAAGGUGUGA